CAUUUCAGAAUGUCAGUGUUCCUCUAUCUGUUUCUCUUGGUAUCUGGGCUUCAGACUACAAUCCAUUGUGUGCAAUAUAACAUUUCUGAAGGCAAAGUUACAACCUUCCAUUUGCCCCAACAAAAUGCCACUCUCUAUAAGAUGUCAUCUAUCAAUGCUGGCUUUGCAUUCAGUCUGUAUCAUAGGUUCCCUGUGGAGAACCCAGAUUGGAACAUCUUCUUUUCCCCUGAGAGCACAUCUGCUGCUUUAGCCAUGUUUUCUUUUGGAUCUGGCUCUAACACUCAAACUCCUAUUCUAGAGGUCUUGGGUUUUAACCUCACACAUACUCCAAUAACAGAAUUACAUCAGGGCUUCCAACAUUUGAUCUGUUCAUUGAAUUUCCCAAAGAAUGAACUGGAAUUGCAGAAAAGAAAUGCAGUUUUCAUUGGACAGCAGCUGAAAACACUGGCAAGGGUUUUGGAUGAUAUCAAGACCCUCUAUGAAACUGAAGUCUUUCCUAUCGACUUCUCCAAUGUUUCUGCAGCCCAGCAGGAGAUCAACAGUUAUGUGGAGAAGCAAGCCAAAGGGAAAAUUAUAGACCUAAUUCAAGACCUUAGACUGAACAUCAUCAUGAUUCUGGUGAACUAUAUUCAUUUCAAAGCCCAGUGGGCAAAUCCUUUCCAUGUGUCUAAAACAGAAGAGAGUUCCAGCUUCUCAGUAGACAAGACCACCGCAAUACAAGUGCCCAUGAUGCACCACCUAGAACAAUGCUAUCAUUUUCUGGAUGUAAAGCUGAAUUGUACAGUACUUCGAAUGGACUAUAGUGAGAAUGCCCUAGCACGUUCUGUACUUCCAAAGGAGGGGCACAUAGAGGGAGUAGAGACAACCAUGUCAUCUAAGACAUUGAAGAAGUCGAACUACUUACUGAAGAAAGGGUACACACAGAUGUGUGUUCCAAAGUUUUCUAUUUCUGCCACAUAUGACCUUGGAAGUACACUUCAGAAGAUGGGCAUGAGGGAUGCCUUUGCUGAAAGUGCCGACUUACCUGGAAUUACGAGAGACAAUGGUCUUAAACUUUCCUAUUGUGUGUUCCUCUCUCAUAGGUUUUUUCACAAGGCUGUGCUGCACAUUGGAGAACAAGGGACCAAAGAAGUAGCUGCUCCUGCAGCUGUGUCUCUGGAACAGCCAGAAGUAGCUUCUCUUCAUCCCAUUAUCCAAUUUGACAGAACAUUCUUAUUGAUGGUUUUGGAGAAAAGAACCAGAAGCAUUAUCUUUUUAGGGAAAGUCAUUAACUCAGCUAAAGAGUAA